ACACACACUCACUGUUAACCAUCCGGCCAAACCAUCCUAUGGGAUAUGUCAAAACAUUUUUUCCGAGGGGGAAUUCCUAUGCCAUUUCUGGCCUCAUCGGCUGCCCAUGCUCACAAAUUAAACUGUCCGCUUCUUUGAAGAAUAGUUUUUAGUAAUUUCAUAAUAAUUUCGUUUAUCAUGGCCUUUACCAUGCUUCGGCCAGUGGCAACUCAUCCCUUCUCCUGCUACCCCCCUGACCUCAACAUGAUGUCGGACGACGAGGAGAACCGCAGCGAGAGCGACGGCAGCUCUGACCAAAGCUAUGGAUGCUGUGCUUCUUCGGAGAAGGCAUGUCGUCAGCUUUCCCGCGUGAUGGGAGUUGGUGGGGUUGUUGUGGUUAAACAGCGCACCACAGCAAACGCCAGGGAGCGAGACCGAACCCAGAGCGUCAACACAGCCUUCAGCGCGCUGCGGACACUAAUACCCACGGAGCCAGUUGACCGAAAGCUCUCCAAGAUUGAAACGCUCCGGUUGGCGUCCAGCUACAUCUCGCACUUGGCCAACGUUCUUGUCUUUGGGGACGGGCGCGAGGAUGGACAGCCCUGCCUGAGUGCAGUGUAUCGUGCCCAAGGAGAUGGAGAGAAAAAGCAACCUAGAACAAUUUGCACCUUUUGCUUGAGCAAUCAGCGAAAAGUGGGGAAAGAUGGCCGGGGCUGUCUAAAAAUAAAUGGAGCUAGUGCACUUCGAAUGAGUCGAAGAUAGACACCUUUCAGACUCAAAGGAUUGUUGAAGUCUGCGCCUCAGGGAAAAAACUCUGCUAUCACACACAGAACCACACACGGACAAGAAUGCCCAUCUUUCUGAAGUUACUACUUCUCAAAAAGACGAGGUUCAGGAAGUUCAAGGUUCUUGUGCAAGAAAAGACUGCUCCUCUCCCACGAAAUGCUGUUUACGCAAAAGUAGGUCUUGGAGGAACAUUGUUAUAAAUGAGACUUUAUUUGGUUACCGUUUUUAACUCCGUUUUGUAUUUUGAUUUAAA